AUGCUGGACGGACUCUCCACAUGGUGGUUUGGUUUGGUCUGUGCCAGCCGAUGUCGGUCGGGCCGACGAUUUCUUUAAAGGCAGGCAGGCGGCGCAUCGAGGUAGAGUGCAUCCCCUUUGAUCACCGCCGUUUGUCAUAGUCGCCAUGGGUUUCUUCAAUGAAAAGUCGCCAGAGGAUGUCGAGCAUGGCUCGGAGCUGAAGCCGGACGAUGCGACCAACAUCCAGGGCCAGACUGACGCCGUCUUUGGUGAGGUCGUAGAGGGCGGUCCUAACUACCGCAACGUCAGCUGGAUCGCGUCCUCGAUCCUGAUGAUGAAGACGCAGAUCGGGUUGGGUGUGCUAUCCAUCCCCGCAGCGUUCGACACCCUGGGCCUCAUCCCGGGUGUCAUCUCGCUGCUGGCCAUCGGCCUGAUCACGCUGUGGUCUGGCUACAUGGUCGGUGUGUUCAAGGUCCGCCACCCCGAGACGUACGGUAUCGAGGAUGUGGGGCAAAAGAUCUUUGGCCGGGCUGGACGCGAGAUACUUGGCCUGGGGUUCGCUUUAUUCUGGACUUGUGUCGCUGGCUCCGGUAUGCUGGGUAUUUCGAUUGCGUUGAACUCGCUUUCGGUCCAUGGCACGUGCACUGCGGUCUUCGUGGCCAUUGCCUGCGUCGUCGGCUUCGCGCUUGCGUCGAUCCAGACCCUGAGCAAGAUCUCAUGGAUCGCGUGGGUCGGUCUCGCCGGUAUCCUCUCAGCCAUCUUCACACUCACAGUUUCCGUUGGACUCCAGGACCGCCCCUCUGCGGCACCUCAGUUCGGGCCUUGGGAGUCUGACUUUGAGCUCUUCAAGAACCCGAGCUUUGCUGAGGCCGCCGCGGCGCUGUCCAGUAUCGUGUUUGCGUUUGCCGGUACCCCUGCGUACUUCAACAUCGUCUCGGAGAUGAAGGACCACAAGGAGUACUUUAAGGCUCUUUCGCUGUGCCAGUUCGUCAUGACCUCGCUGUACGUCGCCAUCGGUGUCGUCGUGUACUACUACUGCGGCUCGUUCGUGGCCUCGCCCGCGCUCGGCUCCGCCGGUGUCCUGAUGAAGAAGAUCUGCUACGGCCUCGCGCUGCCCGGUCUCCUCGCUUCCGUCGUCUUGGUUACUCACAUCACUGCCAAGUACUUCUUCAUCCGCACCCUGCGUGGUACCCGCCAUCUCAACCACAACACCCCCAAGCACUGGAUUGUGUGGUUCAGUCUGACCGGCGGCGUCUCCCUGACUGCGUACAUCAUCGCCUCCGCAAUCCCUGUCUUCGGCGGUCUCGUAUCGCUCAUUGGCGCCCUUCUCGGAACGCUGAUGUGCUUCCAGCCCAUGGGCUUCAUGUGGCUGUACGACAACUGGAGCCGCAGCAACCGCGACUGGCGCUGGAAGGCCAUGGUCGCGUGGAGCGUGUUCGUGAUUGUGUCCGGUACCUUCUUGUUGAUCGGCGGCACGUACGGGUCGAUUGUGGGCAUUAUCGAUUCCUACAACAAGGACGGCGGGACUGCCGCGUGGUCUUGUGCUGACAACUCGAACUCCACGUAAGAUGGGUGGGAGGAGACUUAGCCGGUUUUGUUAUUUAGCAUUUAGCGUAUGCAUCAUGUCGAUAUGAAGCCUUUCUUGUGUGGUGCGUGAUGUGUUGGGCGUGAGCGAGAGAAUGGCGGGUGUUGCAGAGUGAGGCU